UCCCAUAAAUGACGUCACGGGGGUAUUUCCGCGUGUGAGUCGAGUCGCUCUGAAACUAAGUGUAGGUAGGAGGGCAGGGCUGGGGUCAGAAAUCUUAAAAAAAAAACAAUAAUAACAAUAUUAAUAAUAAAAAAAAACAACUUCAACUCUGAAAUCCCUAUACUUGGAUCGACAGACAUAAAAAAAAAAACAAUCUAGGCGAGGCGUAUCUUGGAGAGGAGGAAAUGGACGUCUUCGUUUGGGAUUCCCAUCCUGUUCUGAAUCAAGGAAUGCCGGCAGGGCUGUCCAGCUCUCCGUACGUGGAGGUCAUCGAGCAGCCCAAACAGAGAGGCAUGCGCUUCCGAUACAAGUGUGAGGGCAGAUCCGCCGGGAGCAUCCCUGGAGAGAAGAGCAGCGACACCACCAAAACACACCCUGCCAUCAAGAUUCAUCACCAUUCCGGGCCGGUUCGAGUGCGGAUCUCUUUGGUGACUAAGACCCCCCCUUACAAACCCCACCCCCACGAGCUGGUGGGAAAGGACUGCAAAGAGGGCUACUACGAAGCUGACCUGCAGGACAGACGCAUACACAGUUUUCAGAACCUGGGGAUUCAGUGUGUGAAGAAGAAGGAUGUAUCAGAGGCCCUCAACAGCAGGAUAAGGAGCCAAAACAACCCCUUCAACAUCCCGGAAGAUGAGAUGAGGAAUGAGGAUUACGACCUGAAUGCUGUUCGGCUUUGUUUCCAGGUCUAUAUCACCCUGCCUAAUGGAGAACUCCACAGACUGGACCCUGUAGUCUCCCAGCCUAUCUAUGACAACCGUGCCCCUAACACUGCAGAGCUGAAGAUUUGCAGAGUGAAUAAAAACUCAGGGAGCUGCAAAGGCGGAGACGAGAUCUUCCUGCUGUGUGAUAAAGUCCAGAAAGAAGACAUCGAAGUGCGGUUCUUCCGAGACUCCUGGGAGGGGAAGGGUCAUUUCUCCCAGGCUGACGUGCAUCGCCAGGUGGCCAUCGUCUUCCGCACGCCCCCCUACAGCAGCACCGCUCUGAGCGAGCCGGUCAAGGUGAAGAUGCAGCUCCGCCGGCCGUCCGACAAGGAGGUCAGCGAGGCGAUGGACUUCCAGUACCUGCCGGACGACACAGAUCAGUACAUGGUGAAAGAGAAGAGAAAGAGGACUCAAAACGCCUUUAAUAAUUUCGUGCUGAACGCCAGCUUCCCCGGAGCCUCUGUAAUGUCUCAAAGGCCUUUAGCCACAAGCAGAAGGAACGCAGACCUGACCAGAUCACAAGCCAGCAUGAGCCAGCCUGUGACUCCCGUAGUUCCUGCGAGACCACCUGCACCAGCCUCCACCCUGCCCUCAAUGGGCAAACCCAUGAACCUCUUCAGCCAGCCUUCCUUCCCCGCUUCCAUGGACUUCUCAUCGCAGUUCAGACUCAACCAACAGCAGGAGAAGCAGCACAACCCCCUCCAGCAUCAGCAGUUCAGCAGAAACCACUUCAACCCCUGCCCAGGCCAGCACACGACCGUAGCCCAAGUCUUCGCAACUUCCAAUCAGCAGCCCCAAGCCAGCCUCCCAGUGCAAAACCUCCCGGGGUUACCCGGAACGGAGUACCCUACAGUCAACAUCUCCGAUCUGUUCGACACCCAGUGGGCCAGUCUCCAGAGCCAGGAGCCCCAGAACGCAGGGGGCACCCAAGGCAAGCACGACCCCGCCUUGGAUUUCGAGUCCCCAGCCAUCUCCAGCAUCGGCGGGAUGGAGUUCGACAGCAUCACCGUUGACCAGACUUCCAUCAACCUAGAAGGCAUCGAGACCGAGGACUUCCAGAAGCUGCUUAUAGACUCCCAGGGGCCCGGGGAGCUGAACCAAGCCCUAGGGGAGGCUGCCAGUGGUGGGGAACGACCCCAACAGCCCUCCCUCCCUGCGCAGGGCCACGGUCACACCAUGAUGAGCUACCCCAGAAGCAUCCUGAGCUUGAUAAACAGCGCCGAUGACGACGAGGCGGGCCUGGGGGCCUUCUUCACGAACGCGACCGCCGGCAAUGAGAUUUACAACUCCAUGGACGACGAUGACCGCUUGAUGUCCAUUCUGGACCAGAACUGGCCCAAUCUGGACGGACAGCCGUCUGUUUAAAAAACACUGCCAUACUGGGGACCUGCUUUUUAAAAUUUAAAGGCAUCGGCUGUUGGUUCUUCAUAGGGGCGCCUCCGAGAGGCAGUUCAGUAACACUGCUGAGCUCUGUUAGAAUCUAUCCUUCUAAAUGUUUCCCAUGGUAAAAGCACAGCAGAAGCAUUGGAAAGCACAGAGGUAUGGUAAAGCAUGGCAAACUAACCCUUAUAAAUGUUUCCCCAUGAUAAAAGAAUAGCAAAGUGUGAUCAAGCACAUGGGAAAGAAUAGCAAGGUAUGGUAAAGGAUUCUGGUAGACAUGACAAACGAGGGUAGACUACGGUAAAGAGAGCCAAAAUACUGUGGUAAGCGUUUAUAAGGGUAGUCAAGACCUGGAAACCCAUGCAAAGCUCAGUCUUUCUAUUCGUUUCAUUGCAACAGUUUGUGAUUUUAGAAGCCAGGAGUUGCUUCAGUAAUCGCUGUCAGGAUUGCAGGACGGUAAGCACCUUCAGGGCCAGCAGUCAGUUCCUGUUUUUCAGAUCAAUUCCCACUUCCCAUUUCCUUUUAACCCAUUGCCAACACAUCAGAAAUUGAGUCUUCAAACGAAAGCAGCUGAACAAUCUCAAUCGAGUGCGUCUUUAAAAUAUCGAUUCCAAUUCCAUUCGGAAACCCCCCCGAGGACCUCUAGUUUUUAAAACCGUGCUGCCAACUAGAUAGGUCAGUUAAAGUGGUAUUUUAAUAUUGAGUUCUCAGAAUCCUGCUUUGGCUUUGAGCUUGUCUGGAGAACUCGAAGUGCCUGUCCUCAUCCCAUUCACUGUCUCCUUCUACGAUGUGAACAGUGUAUGCCGUCCUGGCUGUGUCCCAGCGUCUUGGCAUGUGAAGACAGACGUUUUGUCCAGACCUUGUACGUGCAGUCUGAAUCGGGCACUGAGAUAGCUACACCUGCCAUGUCAGCAUAGACAAGUUAUUAAAGCAGGGAUGGUGUGACUGGGUAGCAUCACAGCCAAGACUUCUGAAUGGCAGGAAGGAGACCCAGAGAGAGAGCUUGCAAGGUUUAACGCGCUUUUGCGCACUUUCAUUAUAAAAUAACAUACAAACAGGUUAACUACAAGAAUAUAUAUUUUUUUAAUACCACGGUUGUAGACUGAGCUGCUGCUUUCACACAAUAAACACAGUUUCAGAAAACUCCCUUACACACCAACAAUAAUGAUCUAUAUACAUUUAAACAGCACACAUACCUGCACGCACUAACCCCAGCAUUAAUUCUCACCACUAAAUCUAAACUAACACCUGUGAUCGCCCUUUUUAUACAGGCUGGAGCCUAAUUUUAAUCAUUUAAUCACUUAUUCAAUUUACGGCUCCAGCCACUCGUUUUUGCAAUAACUCCUGUUGCACAGCAGUUUCACCCAUUCCAGGUUUUAACAGCUUGAUUUGCCGCAGUGUGUGUGUAGGUAACAAGCUCAGGUGUGUCUUACUAUUGUUAAGCUCCCAGUAAAACCAGGAAUGGAUCCAGCUGCUAUGCAAUGGGAGACUUGCUUCCAUCCCUGUAGCAACCCAUCAAUGUACAGUAGCACCUGCCAGGCAGUCUCUCUAAUGAAUGAAGUAAUGAUAAAAUUAUGUAAUAUUAGAGUUUGUAAAAAGAGUGUAACAGUGGGCUGUGGUUUUGGAUAUGACAUGUAUGCAUUUAUGUGUAUCUUUGUUUUGUAUACAUUAUAAGUAUUAAUAUUAUAUUAACAAAUGA